AUGUCUCUUCCAGGUGGACACCAGCCCCUGAGCCUCAUGUUUCUUUUGGGGCUGGGGCUGGCAUCAGAGACUAUCAACUGCCCAAGCAGGUGCAGCUGUCAGUACCUGGAAGUGAACUGCACAGGGCAACAGCUGCAAGAGCUCCCUGUGACCAUCCCACUGGAUACCAGGCAGCUGAUUCUGGCAGCAAACAAGAUCUCAUACCUGCCUGCAGUGGAACUGAGCUUCCUCGCUGACCUGGUCUAUCUGGACUGCCGGGAGAACCUCUUGGGGGAUGAUCUGGAUUUCGCUUUCGUUGGUGGGGCCAAGCUCGUCUACCUGGACCUCAGCUUCAAUAACCUCACACAGGUCACCUUCAGCACCUUCUCACAGCUCAUCAGCCUGGUAGUGCUGAAGAUGUCAGACAACCCCAACCUUGUGGAGAUUGAGAAGGAUGCCUUUGCCAACAACACCUGGCUGAGGUAUCUGGACGUGAGCCGGACUGGCUUACUAUUCCUGGACACCAGCACUGUCCGUGACCUGCCCAACCUGAGGGUUCUGGGGCUCAGUGUCAACCUUUGGCACUGCAACUGCUCCUUCUUGGACUUCACUGCAUGGAUGACAAAGAGCAACGUUCAUUUUCCAGGUGCCGAGAACAUCACCUGCUACAUGCCAGAAGGUCUACGCAGCUUGAAAAUGCCCGCAGUGGAGGCACAGCUCCAGCUGGACUGCCUGAUCCAACUGCACAAGCAGGACUACAUCUUUCUGUGUCUCGUUGGCUUCUGUAUAUUCUCAGCUGGCACUGUGGCAGCCUGGCUGGCUGGCAUCUGUGCAGUGAUAGAUGAACUCUACACUGCAAAAUCUGCCCCCCACCGGGGCGCAGGACAUCAUUGGUACUUCUCGGAUUCUCCUGAGCGCCCCACGAGCCCCUUGCAGGCCAGCGAGGGGCAAUGCCAACACCUGCCCUGCGCAGACGAGCACCCAGAUCCUUCAUGCGCCACAACUGGCAUCAGCAGCAACGGUGAAAAGAUGCCCUCUGUCCUCUUGCAGUGGGGCCCCACUACACCGCCACUGGUUUAG